AUGAUAGGAAAAAUAUUCGAUAAUGCCUUUCGAAUACGUACUUACAAUAGAUUUGUUUGUUUCAUUAUUGGAGGAGCAUUUACAUAUAGUCUAGCAAAUCCUGAUAUAGAUACAGUAUAUGAAUUUUUCCCUAUUUUUAAACAAAAUAAAUACGCAUAUUUAACAUUUUUAGAAGUCAAUGAAAAUCAUAGCAAAGUAUUCGAAGAAAAGCUUAAGGACCUAUGUAGAUUUUGUCAAAAGCAACCAGGUUAUUUAUACACAAAAAUAAUUAAAAGAAAAAAUAACUUAGACAAUUUAAGUAAGUAUAUUAUUGUUUCUACUUGGUUAAAAAGUGAAAAUUACCUAUUAGCAUGUAAUAGAAUGUAUGGACAAAUAUUAAUUAACAAUAUUCAAAGUUAUGCGAACUACAAUUCCUACUUAUAUAGAAUUGUUGUGGAUGAUUCGGAUUACUUGCCCCCUUUGUAA